AUGGACCCCGAGCUUCGUGCCUACCUUGACAAUAUGAACUCCAACACGAUCGACCACGCUAACAAGCAGGACAACAUCUACGCUUCCACUUUCAAGGCGCCUGACAUGCAGAUGGCCCGGAUCGACUCCCUUGUCGCAUGGAAACCAGAGCUCAAAGCGUGCUUCGCCAAGCUAGAUCUCCCGGUCCCUCUGUUGCAGGUGGCAUCCCGUGCAGCCACACUGAAUAUGGGUGGAGUGCCUCACAAUCCAUCACCCCUCUUAGCACAAAAGGCAGCCUCCACAGGGUUGCCGUCGCCCACGUUCCUCGGCCCGACGCCGACGGCCGGCGGCGGCUCUCACCCUACGCAUUGCCUCCCAGCGAUCUCCUUCCUCGUCGUGCGCCUGUCUUCCUCGCCCCUCCAGGCCUAUGCUGGUGACAUGUAUGCGUUGCAAUUCAUGGAGAUGAACCCCCAGACCGACCAUGAAAAUGGCGAUCAGGGUCAAGUCGUCGAUACUGGGUACUGCGAGAUGAACGAGGAUUGUGAGAACUGUGCUUUCUGGAGGGAUCAUUACUACUGGGAUCACAUGGGUGACGAGAAGAAGCAAUUUUCUGCUGUAGCCAAGGGUGAUUUCAAGAACAGCAUCCGUAUACCACGGGAACUUUCAACCCAUUUGAGGAGUAGGAUCUCUGACACCAUUAAACUCAGCGCUCCUAAUGGCAGGGCAUAUGAUGUUGUGGUGACCUGGGAAUUCGGCGAGCUAGUUAUUCGGUCUGGCUGGGAUGCAUUUGUUACUGCGCACCAUAUAGAAGAAAAUGACACAUUCUUGUUCAUCUACCAUGGGAAUUCCAACUUUGAGAUUCAUAUAUUUAAUUCACACGGUUGUGAGAAGAUGGCUUCCUGCUUUCAAUCACCUUCAGAGAUCUUUGGAAUCUUUCCUCCCAGUGAGCCUUGUGAUCAUCAUGUGCUGAAUGGACAAGCUGCGCCUAAUCCAAGACAUGUUCAGACGCAAGUUGAGUUUGACUAUACCAUGUCAACUGGAUGCCAUCUAACCAAAUCACAAGAUGAGAAAGUUGUAGAAAUAGCCCGCAAAAUAAGGUCUGAGAUUCCUUUGUAUGUGGCAAUCAUGAAGAAACUUAAUGUCAACGUGAAGGACUGCUCUAUCAACAUACCAUUGAGGCUUGUGAGACAUUUAAAAGAGGAGGCAGGUAGUGCUAUUAUCAAACUAGAAGCCCCUGAUGGUAACAUAUACAAUGUUCGAGCUAGCAAGCACAGCGAGGAUCAAGUUGUCCUCCAAUCUGAUUGGGAUGCUUUUGUAGCUGCUAAUCACAUACAGUUGAAUGACCUCCUCAUUUUCCAUAGCAAGGGAAAAACUCGUCUCAAAGUUCUCGCACUGGACCCAAGUGGCUGUGAGAAAAACUCGUCAUGCUUUGACACAAAAAAUUUCUCCAAGGCUGGUGAAGGUUCAGUUUGGAUUACUGAUGCACGCCCUUGUACAGUUGAGAUUAUUGAUCUGACCAGCUCUGACGAUGAUCACACUGAGAGAGAAGAUGCUGGAAGAUCAUCUCGGAGGCGGAAGCAGGUACCGGGUUCUCAUGCAAAAGCUCGGAAGAUGGCUUUAGCGUCAUCCCCAUCCACAAAAUCAGGAUCUGAUACCCACAAGCUGAAACAUCCCAUCUCCAACAAUGACAAUCUUCAGGAGCCUUCCAGGCUUCCCUAUAUUUUAGCCAGAGGGAUAACUCUAACUGGGCCUGUGGAGAAGAAAGUUCAGGAGAAAGUCCAAGCAAUUGGAUCUGAACUUCCUAUCUAUGUGGCAGUGAUGACCAAAAGCUGUGUUUGUGGCCACCCCCUUUCUCUGGAAUUCUGCAAGGAAUAUGCUUCGACUCUUCCAAGCAGAGAUCAAACUCUCAUACUUGAGCUGGAGGACAAGGAGUGGCACACGGCAUUACACGUCAAUGGAAGUAGGAAAAUCAUUUACGGAGGCUGGUCAAAGUUCGCCUCUGACAAUAACCUGCAGCUGGGAGACAUCUGCCUCUUCAAAAUGGCAGAGCGCCGCACGAGAGGCCUUGCGAUGAGGGUCCAUAUCAUUUGCAAAUCGGGCGUAUUUCUGUAGCUCAAGCAUCCAAGUCGACACCGUCCCUGUUGUUCCUAUUGACUACUACUAGAACUACCUAUGGCCUGUAUGGCUUUAACUCUCUGAUACCCUACCAUGAGAGAGUCCACUCCUGAACAACUUUAUGUGCGUCCGUUUAGGCUGCUGGGUGUUUGCUCAACGACUUUCUAGUAUCUUGAGAGCAAAUAUUGAGCUCCACUUCUGCUUCUAA